GGUACAGUAUCCGUCGAAGUAAGUGACAGUGCGGUCGUGUCCUAAUUCGAUCACUAAUCGCUAGAAUUGUUCUAGUUUGUGCAACAGCUACCAAGUGAAUCCCGGAACGAUAAUCAGGAAUAAUGGUGACCCAAAGUUGUGCGAUGCUGCUGCUGGUUGGCCUGGUAAUGUUUGGAUCUGGCGCGCUUGCUAGACCCGGAUAUGCCGUUGAUUAUUAUGAUCACCCCAAAUAUGCCUUCAACUAUGGAGUGGCGGAUCACACUACUGGGGAUGUCAAAUCGCAACAUGAAACCCGGGACGGAGAUGUAGUGAAAGGUCAGUACUCGCUGGUGGAACCGGACGGUUCGGUUCGCACCGUGGACUACACAGCUGAUCCAAUCAACGGAUUCAAUGCUGUCGUUUCGAAGACCGCCCCGCUCAUCCACCACGCCUCGGUCCCAGUGGUGAAACACGUCAAGGCGUACGUCCCGGCGCCCGUUCCGGUGCACAAAGUUGUCUACGCUCACGAGCCAGUGGUGCACGUCGCUAAGACCGCCCACUAUGCUGAACACGAACCUGUUUACGGUCACUAUAGCGACUACCAUGAUGGAUACUACGGCCACUAUGACGAUGGACAUUACUACUAACCGAAUCGGUAGGGAUUUUUAUCAUCAUCAUCGAAUUGUUCCUUCCUAGCAAAAUAGGAACGGAAGCCAGAAACGUCAAGUUCGUCUAUUACGUUGCAGUAGCGGCCCAAGAUCGUGCCGCUUUUACUGUCCAUACUCUUCCAAAGAGAACCGCUGUUAUGCGGUCUAGAUCUAGGUCAGGAUCUUUAUCGCAAAACCUUGCUCUCAAUACGAACCGCAAAGUGCAAUUAUCUAUAUGUAGUAUUUAAUUCUGAUUUGUUAAUGAAUAGUCUUACCAAUAGGUUAUGUCUCUCAACUUUUAUGUAUAUAUGUGUAAAGUUUUUCCUCCCAGCUGGUUUUCUCCAACGUUGUCUGUCGUCUGUGGAAAAAAAUUAAAAUAAUACAGAAUUGAAAACAUUUACCCCUGAUUUUACGUACCUUAACGUAAACGAUCAGAUUACUGCAUAAAAAGUCUAAAAACUGUUUAGCACCAAUUCUAUGAAAACAUUAUACCAAGCAGACAAUAAUUAACUCAAAUCAGACAAAUAGCACACAUAAUAACUAAUCGUAUAUCAUAAUUGUUGUUAAAAGGUCGUGAAUUGCAGUUGUAAGUAGCGCCAAAACGUGAUCGUCGCGAAGCCAGUUCUUAAAUAUAAGUACGGAAUUUGCAAAUAAAUUUGAA